GGCUGGAAAAAAUGUCAGAUGGUUGAACAAACGAUUCAUGGAGUAAGCUCCUCCAAUGGCGGCCGCUACCUCCUCCACGCUGCUUCCGUACGUAUAAAUACCUUUUUUUUUGGGAAGUUUCGAAAUUUAAAUGUUUUCCAUUUUUUCCAAAAUCAGGAAAUCGGAGUUGUAGAAGAAGAAAUCAUCGUUUCUGGGCAUCGUCGUCGUCAUCAUCAUCGAGAUUCGAUCUCACCAACCAUGGCGCGGAAAUCAUCUCUGCUGAAGAAAGUCGCGGUCAUCGUCUUCUCCGUCAUCGCCAUCUACGUUCUGCUCAACGCCUCCGUCAACUCCUCUCUCCCUUCCCAGACCUCUCCCUCCGAUCUCCCUCGCUUCUCAUUCUCCGGCUCUCGACAGCUUUUCCGCGACGAACCGGACGAAGAGGAGCCCAAGGAUCUGGUUUUUCCUAGGGUUAGGGUUUACAUGUACGAUCUCCCCAAGAAAUUCACCUACGGAAUCAUCGAACAGCACGCGAUUGCUCGCGGCGGUCUCAAGGAUUCAACCGGCGAUGUCUCCGAGCUCAAGUACCCGGGCCAUCAGCAUAUGCACGAGUGGUAUCUCUUCUCGGAUCUGAACCGACCCGAGAAGGAUCGAUCCGGGUCUCCGAUCGUGCGCGUCAUGGAUCCGUCCGAGGCCGAUCUGUUCUACGUUCCCGUGCUCUCUUCGUUGAGCUUGAUCGCGAAUGCGGGUCGACCCGCUGAAUCCGGAUCCGGGUACAGCGACGAGGAGAUGCAGGAGAGCUUGGUGGAGUGGCUCGAGGAGCAACAAUGGUGGAAGAGGAACAAUGGGCACGACCACGUGAUCCCAGCCGGCGAUCCGAACGCGUUGUACCGAGUCAUGGACCGGGUCAAGAGCUCGGUCCUGCUCGUUGCCGAUUUCGGGCGGUUGAGGCCUGAUCAAGGGUCGUUUGUGAAGGACGUGGUUAUACCUUAUUCCCAUCGGGUGAGCUUCUUCAAUGGCGAAACUGGAGUUGAUGAACGCAACACCUUGCUCUUCUUCAUGGGAAAUCGCUAUCGCAAAGAUGGCGGCAAAGUCCGUGAUUUACUCUUUCAAGUCCUCGAAAACGAAGAGGACGUCAUAAUAAAACACGGAACUCAGUCCAGAGAGAAUCGACGGGCUGCUACAAAAGGAAUGCACACUUCCAAGUUUUGUCUGAAUCCCGCAGGCGAUACCCCGUCAGCCUGCAGGCUCUUCGACUCCAUUGUCAGCUUGUGUGUUCCCGUGAUUAUAAGCGACAGUAUCGAGUUACCCUUCGAAGACGUUAUAGAUUACACUAAGUUUGCAAUUUUCGUGGAGAGCAACUCUGCUCUUCAGCCCGGGUUUCUUGUUCAGAUGCUGAGGAGAAUCGAAACUGAGAAGAUCCUCGAGCUUCAAAGAGAGAUGAAAUCGGUGAGACGGUAUUAUGAUUACACGAGCCGGAAUGGAGCCGUGGAUGAAAUCUGGCGGCAAGUCUCGAAGAAACUACCGCUGAUCAAGCUGAUGAGUAACCGUGACAGAAGGGUCGUCCUGAGAAACUCGACCGCACCGGACUGUUCAUGUCUCUGCUCAAACCAGACUGGCGCCAUCACCUCCACAGAACAAUGACCCAAAUCCGACCCGGAUGAGCUCGAACCCAUCUGGUGAGUGGAAGCGGAGUUUUGCAGCAUCCAUUCGGCCGUGGAGACAAAGACAGGUUUGUUAGUUUUGUAGAUUCUGUAGAGCUUCUCUCUUCGACUAUGUAGCGUUAACUCGUACACUUACACGGAGAUUACACUGUACAUGCCAUUACAUGAAACUCUAGAAUCCACUUGAACAGGACAAUGUUUCUUUCUCUCAAUUCUCUUGUUCUUCAA